GAAGCGCUGCUGCCGAAACACCGAACAACCUUCUACUCCCGUUUGUAAUAAACACAUUCCGGAUUAUUUUUUAUGGAUUUAUAAAUGCACGCAUUUCACGGAUUGCACCAAGGCCUGGGAAGUGUUAUUCAAGGAGAGAUUGGAAUUUAGAAGUUUCCUCCAGCAGGGAACGGGAUUGAUGUCUUAAUGCAACUGUUUUGGAAAGAGACUAAGGGCAUCUUGACGAAGACUCCAAAUAAAACUUAUUACGGUGACAUCCCGUUCUCGCCGGGCACAGUAGGUGUUUCGGCUUCUCUCGGCUCCACUAGGGAGAUGUUUCAGGGGUUCCCCGGAGACCCCGACACCGGCUCCCGUGGAAGCUCAUCUCCUUCUCUUGAAUCUCAGUACCUGUCGUCCGUGGAAUCCUUCGGGAGUCCGCCCACCACCAGCGCACCGCAAGAGUGUGUAUCAGCCACUGGCGUGGUAGGGGUGGGUGGAGGGUCAACCGGCACCGGGGCAGGGGUGGACAUGCCCAGCUCAUUUGUGCCCACAGUGACGGCCAUCACCACCAGCCAGGAUCUGCAGUGGAUGGUGCAGCCCACUCUCAUCUCCUCCGUGGCACCAGGGCAAAGCGGCGCGGGCUCCAGCACCAUGACGCAGCCUGUUGCUUUGGAUCCUUAUGACCUGCCAGGCCCAAGCUUUUCGUCAGGUGGAGGAUUCACCCCACCAAGCUCUGAUACUCCUGGCACAGUGAGACAGUCUCGGAGCCGUCGCCGUGCACGCGAUGAAACGCUGACACCUGAGGAGGAAGAGAAAAGACGUGUUAGACGAGAGAGAAAUAAACAGGCUGCCGCUAAGUGUAGGAACCGAAGGCGUGAGCUCACAGACAGGUUACAGUCGGAGACAGACAUGUUGGAGGAGGAGAAGGCCGAGCUCGAGGCCGAAAUAUCCGAGCUGCAAAAGGAGAAGGAGCGCCUGGAGUUCGUCCUGGUCGCCCACCAACCCGGUUGCAAAAUUCCCUAUCAGGACCAGCCCCCUGCGCCGCUGCCGCUGCCUCUGCCGCUGCCGCUACCGCAGACAUCCCUGCAGACGCCUUCUGUCUCCGUGGUGGGUUUGAGUGUGAAGGAGGACACUUUCUACCUGCCGCCGGCCUACUCGUCCCACCACCACCACCACGUCCCGGUUUCACAGCCCACGCAGACACAGCCGGCCCCAGCACAACAGCAGCAAGGGAUGAUGCAGGAGGUAGCCUUUUCUAGUUCUUUCUAUGGGCAGGGCCAGCCGGCGCCGGACGGCCCGUGCCUUGUUGCCGACGGUGGCGGUAACCCUGACACCGGCAGCUACAUCCCCUCAUACACAUCUUCAUUUGUGUUCACCUACCCAGAGGGAGCCUGCGGGGCCAGCGCUAACCAGCGAACCAGCAGCAGCGAUCAGUCCUCUGAUUCCCUGAACUCACCCUCGCUUCUUGCACUUUGAGAGCUCUGCGUCUCUCUGCCUCUGCUUGCCUGUCGACAGCAACACAUGCACACUUACAAGUUCAAACAUUCGGUAUUACACCUCUCAGACGUUGCACUGAUCUUUUACAUUAAAGCCUUUCGAUUUGAAACCGAGGCCCAGAUGCGUUAGCAUCUGAGUGACUUCAUCAAAUGAUGUAAGUGUAUAUUAAUUCACAAUGAAUUCAGGCUUAAUAUCAAGAUGAGUCAGUAGACCAUGCACGCACACUCACACACACACAUACACACACACACACACACACACACUUAAAUUGUCAUAGACAUUCAAAUCCGUUUGACAUAACAAUAAAAGCACAUCAGCGCACUCCCCCUUGCUUUUAUCUUUUCUCGUUCUGGCUUACAUUGGUGUAUCAUCUCCCUCCUUCUCUCUCUAUCCACGCCAGGUGCCUGCUGUGUAUUUGUCUAAGCAAAAAAGGGGGCACAGAACUGCUUUGUGGGUUUUGUUUUUUGUUUCGGGCUACCUUGCUACCCUUUCUUUCUCCAUCCAGUUCAUCCACACCUCUUCCUGUGACAAAAGGACAUGACCACACACUCUACAGUACCUAUCUCUCGUUUUUUUUCUCCCUUUGUUGUCCAUCUCCACAUCUGUUUCUCCUCUCUCCUGUCUCUAUGUACCUAUGGUUCUCUCUGAAGUCUUCAGCCCCUGAGAGCCUGUUGGACCCUGAAAGCCCAUGGAACCUUGAGUGAGUGCCAGCCCACAUCCCAACACCACAAUUUCCCUUCGCACGGACCAUCCCACAGUGGAACCUCAAAAUUUCAAAAUAUCGAAACGAACCAGCCACAGCGCGCAGAUCAAAUGCCAUCUCAGAUGCCACCACACUGGCUAAAGGAACGGGACUCUUCAUUUCUCCUCAGCACUGAGGAUUUGAUUUUGGAUGAGCGGAGGCACACUGGCUAGACUUUGGCGAGGCCAGCGGAGGAGUUUUGGAGAGCCCUUGGAAUGUGGAGGUAUGAGAUGGUGAGAGUAUUCGCAUGACCAUGCUCUACCUGUCAUCUCCCGCUGGUCCUUUGAAAGCUUUCACACCGUGUUCACCCUUUCCCCUUUCUUGAGGAGUUUGUUUGCUUGUUUCAUUCUGUGUUUUAAUGAUAGUAUUAACUCCGAUCUCAAAAGUGGCUUAUCUGAUGAUAACAUAAAAGAGUGGCUCGACACUGUGUUUGAAGAGCAUUAUAAUGAGCAACCAAAAAAAAAAAAAGGACAACCUCUUGGUUUUGGAUGUGUGGCCUCUGUGCUUCUUAAAGUCCUUGACAUAGUCCUUGAGUUGUGGAUGUGGUUUAGCACAGCUCUAGGCUUUGAUUGUGAAUGGAAGUCACAGAGUACUACAUCUCCAGUUGCUUUCUUUCUUUAAGGGGGUUGUUGCUGUUGUUGUUGUUGUUAAAAUGGAAAAAAGCACAAAUGCCGGCUGCGGACGGAAGGAACACAAACAGUUGCCAACCUAAAGGAUGGGAUGUGCUUUUGAAUAUGAACCGUUUACUUUCCUGUGAAUGUUUUUGAUGUUUUGAGUUACUGAUUUUUCAUGAUGCUUUUUCUCUUUUGCUCUCGAUUGUGCUGUUGCUGCCAAAUGGAAGAAUUUUGUGGGGCUAUUAGCUGCUCCUUCUAUCUGUUACUGUUGUCUUACUGCAGUUAUCACGAAUAUUGUUAUUAUGGUUAUUAUGAUUAUUUCAUAGUUAUCUCAUGUUGGCAACUAAAAAGGCAUGUUGUGCACUAUGAACCUUUUUUAUGUCUAAAACUAUAUAUAUAAAAUAUAUAUAAGUAUAUAUUAUGUAUGCAUAUAUAUAUACAUAUUCAGUGUGUAUAUAUAUAUACAAUGAUUGUAAUGUAAUGUAUGAAUGUUCAGAAAAUGUUAUUUUUGUCAAUGAAGACAGAAGGGAGAGCUUGAUGCACUUGGUUUUGGUUCAAACAUAGAUAUUUUUCUAAAAGAACAAAAAAUAUAUUAUAAUAAACAAUAACAGCCCGCCUUUCCCUUAAUAUGAAAAACAUUGUCACUGCCUUUCAUUCGAAACGUGUAAUAUGUAUGAUGACUGUAUUGAAACUGUGGUGCAUAUAGUGAUAUAUGUAUCGCAGAUUUGUGCUGUGCUUGAUUUGUCAAUGAGGUUGGUUCCACAGCCCUUGUUCAUCAACCCCUGUGGACAAAACACACUGGACGCAAAAGAUCUAUAAAUGCUUAAAUAAAUCAAUAAAUAUGCUAAAGAAAAAAAGAAGAUAUGAAUUGAGUGUCUCAAUGUAUUCUAGAUCAUCUGAUAUUCAGCUGUGUUUCUCAAGCAGUGGUAUUGAUUAAUCAUGUCCAGUGUGUGCUGUCUGCCCUUUGGCUUUUGUGUGUGUGUGAUAUUCAGGGCUUGAUGGACAACUUUGAACCAGCCCUUAUUCAUUCAUGUUACGGACAUGAUCAGAAAAUGAUGCCUGUCGACAUCAUACACAGAUGGGAAGUAUUAGAUGAGGUCCAUUGUUCUUAUUAACUUUGGCUUCAUCGUGUGGAGUAUUUUAUGAGGUGGAAAUGAUAAUAUUUGUACAGUUGUUUAAAUCGAAAUGCCUUUUCAUGCUACAUUUAUAUACACAGGUGCACCAUUGUCUUGUUGGUUGAAUUUAGACCCAGAGCAUCACAUUUAAGCUGAAAAGAGACAACUGCGUGAGCUCUUUCCAACAGAGCCAUUUGAUGAAAUUACGUUCUCAUUUGGCAUUGAAAACUGAAUUAAGGCAUCUCGAACAGUGACGUAAUGAAGCCAGAGCUGUGAUUUCACAAAGUGGGAAGUUAUAUGAUAUUAGAAAGCACAUUGUCAAACAGCCCCAUGCUCCAUUACAUUGAUAUCAAUUGAACUUUUCUUCAAAUAACUUUAUUGUGUGUCACAACAGUUUUAUGUUGUUUUGAUUUUUCAGCUGUUGGUGCUUUUGUUAGGCUACUCCUAUGCCAAAACAUUUUGUUACUGUAUCUGACUCUGAUAUGAUAGCAUAAGGAGAUGUUGGUUAAAUUAUACAGUAUCAGUGACUCUGUGGUCUUCCACUUUGCAAAAACUCUGUUUAGAUUGAGCUGGGUAUUUUCAAAUUCACAGCGCUUUGAAUUGACACAGUGGAAUGCAAUAUAUCAGAUACUCUGAGAACCAUGUAGCAAAUCAACUGAAUUGUAUGAUACAAGUCGUUCCUUAUGCUACAGUGUCACAGUGAAGAAUUGAGACAAUUUGUUUUGUCUUUCCAGUUUACCUUACGUAUGAUUUACUCUGCUGAGACCUCAAUGACGGGAUGGUUAUGCAUUAUUAGGAUGUAAAAUGUUAGUACCUCCCGGGCUUCAAUGUGAGCGUCAUUUGAUAGGUGAACUGUUUUACUUUCUAAUGCGCAUUUGAAGAUUGCCUUCAGUAUAAAAUGAGUGAAAUAUUAGCCAACUUAGACUAAUGUUACAACCACUUG